AUGAAGUUGUUAGCCGGCAUCGCCCUUCUGGGGCUGGCCCUCGCCUCAACGUUCACAUGGAACCACACACCUCGAAUCGAAGAGGAGGUAUUCCGCACAGAACGCGAGUACCGCUACCUCUUCGACGGCCAGGUCACCACUGGCCUCGCUCUGCCCAACACCGAACAGUCCGCCACUCGAAUCCAGGCCGUUGUGAUCUUGCAACCUGUCGAUGAGCGCAUGUUCCUCUUCCAGCUGAAUGAGAUCCGCUUCGGAACGAUCCAGGAGGAGCUCAUGAAAACACACAAGCUACUGCCUUUUGAGCGCUACCAGCUUGUGAAGCUUGAUGAGGAACUCAAGGAGAUGCUCAAGAUGCCUAUCAGAUUUGUGUACAAACACGGACUGGUCAGCGACAUCGAGUUCUCUGAGGAAGACAAGCCAUGGUCUGUCAACAUCAAGAAGGCCAUCAUCAACAUGCUCCAAAUCAAUCUCCUGAAGAGAGAUGAGACCACCACUGAGCGUGAGGUCGAGACUGAGAACAAGAACUAUUUCACUACUGUUGAGCGUACCCUCGAGGGCGAAUGCGAAGUCGAGUACACUGCUGUCCCAACAGAGACCGAAAAGAUGCUCUGGACCAAAUCUAUCAACUUCCAGAAAUGCACCGUCCGUCCAGAGGUCCAAUAUGGCAUCAUCAUGCGAGACAUGAAGAAGACCUAUGACGAGAAACUGUUCAGCACCGUCAUGAGGUUCGAAGUGACGGGCAACCAUGAUGAGUAUCUCGUCCGCGAAGUAGAACUCGAGUCCCGCUAUAAGCUGAUUCCACUUUCUGAGAAGCACGAACUCAUCACUUCCUUCGUCUACAACAAAAUGACGCUCAUCUACGCAGGACGUGUAGAGACCGAAAUCCCGAAAGUUCAAGUCCACCGUCGCGAGACUCUCAUCUACAACUCACAAUGGGAAAUUGCCGAAGAGAAGUUUGCCAUGACCGGGGAUGAGAAGUAUCUCUACCUCGUUCCCAAAUGGAAGAACAAGAUGGAGCACAUUGAGAAGAUCAUUAAGACCAUGAUGCGCCACAUGGAAGAGAAGGUUGACCUCGAGACCACUCAUCUCUUCGCCCGUCUUGUCAAGCUGCUUCGUCUCUGCACUGAGCCAGAACUCGUGAAGAUCGAGCACUUCUUGCACGGACACGAGAAUGUUCACCGCAAAAUCCUCUCCAUCUACCAUGACGCCCUAGCCAUUGCUGGAACCAGGGUGACUGUCACCUACCUCAUGACCAAGAUCACAGAAGAGAAGAUCGAGCAUCUGGAGGCAGCUAACCUGCUCAAAGCCCUAGCCGAAGUGCGCAUUCCAUCUGAGCACAUCGCCAAUGAGGUUCUUCGCGUCUGCGAAUGCCCCGUCGCCGAGAAGGUGCCUUAUCUGAAGCAGUCCUGCUGGCUCACCUACGGUGCCAUCUUCCACGGACUUUGCAACAACAAUAUGCUGGCUAUGCUGCGCAAAGAGAAGGUGUGCACCCGCGAGAUCAAGGAGAGAUUCGUCCGCAAGAUGAUCGACAUGUUCGAGAAGGUUGACACCCGCUACGAGAAAGUGCUGAUGCUCAAGACCCUUGCCAACGCUGGAAUUGACAUCUCCGUCUUCGAACUUGAAAAGAUCAUCUAUAACACUGAGCUCGAGAGAACGGUCAGAAUCGAGGCCAUCAACGCUCUUCGAAGACUUCGCUACACCAUGCCGCGCAAGAUCCAGAGCAUCAUGAUGCCGAUCUACAAGAAUCACCUCGAGAUUGACGAGAUUCGUAUGAUUGCUCUGCGCAGAAUCCUUGAGACCAAACCAGAUCAGGUAGUAAUUGACCAGAUCGUGCGCAAGAUGGAAGUCGAGCGCGACCAGCAGCUGCGCGCCUACACCUACCGCACUCUCAAGACAAUCAGUGAAUUCCCAGAAAUCCACGAACACACCGUCCGAUGCGUCAGGAAGGCUCUCAAGACUGUCGACCAUGAAUUCUAUGAGCGCCUGUACAACCGUGUCUUCCGCUGGACUGUGAGAAACAUCGAAAAGAGGUAUGGUGUCUCCAUGACCAUGCACAACCUUUUCACGAAGGACAGUGUGCUGCCUAAAGAGCUGAUCACUACCCUCGACACUAUUCUUGGUGGAGAGUGGUACAAGCACUUCUUGGAGCUUGGAAUCACUCAGCAGAAUGUAGAUGAGAUCCUGAACAAGCUCCUGCACAAAGUCGAAGAUAUGGACAUGGAGAAGCUCGUCGUCCGUGGUGAACGAUCCACGACAUCCUUUGCCCCUACUGAGAUCUUCAAGCGCAUCUACGACAAGCUCCACUUUGUCAGACGCCAUCAUGACAAGGAGGAACCACACAUGAUGCUGUACAUCCGCUACAAGGACAUGGACUACGCAUUCCUGCCCAUCGACGUUGACACUAUUCCCAAGUUCUACAAGGAGAUGAUUCGUGAUGGAAAGCUUGAGCUUGACGAGAUUGAGCGUCUGUUGGCCACUGGAACUCACUUCAGCAAGACUGGUGCAUUCUUCUUCUACGAAUACGUAAGGAAGAUCCCAACUACUCUUGGUAUGCCACUUGUGCUAACAUCGAAGAUGCCCACUGUUGGAACAAUUCACGGCCAGAUCAAGAUCGAAAUGGAACCAAAAGAGUCGAGGACCUUCGACGGACUUCGCCUUCAUCUGAUCCUCAAGCCCAAAGUAGCCACCACCCACGUUGUCAUGGCCACCAUCAUGCACCCAGUUGUUGAGACUGGAUUCAAGAUGCUGCACUCAGUUAUGUUCGAGCACCCGAUCGAGACCGAGACCGAGGUUACCUGGAGACAUCAGCUCCGUCUCAAAACCGUCUUCCGCCCGGUAGAGCGCAAGACGAAUGUUCUUCACCUACAGACACGCCCAGUGAUCUUCGUCCGCCACAUGAAGAAGGUUACGCACGCUUACCUCGAACCGAGGGAAGUCACUCUUCGCCUGCGCGAACACCUCUACCCAGUCAUGACAUUCGAAAACACCUUCCUGGAGAGAUUCGGACAUAAGAUCAUUGUUACCGGCACCAUGCAUCGUCCGAUUGUCCGAAGAAUGGAGAGCAUGCUGCAUCCUAUUCUAUUCGGAUACAACACCGUCGACGUCCUUAUCGAACCCACCGAGGACUUCGCAAAGGAAAUCGUCUUAAAUAUGGAAAUGGAGGCGUUCGUUCCAGAAAGACUAGAGGGACCCAAGUUCGAGAAACUGUUCAGACACAACGAUGAGUUCUUCGAGGAGGAAGAGAUGGAGCCGAGACAUAGAGAAGAACGCAGGAACGAGCUCACAACUUACCUGAGGGACUACCACAUUGAGAAGGCCUACCGACAUCGCCUCUUCUGCAAACUCGAGACUUUCGGUCAGCGUGAGAAGCAUGAGGCUGAGAUGGAGCUGAAGGCCGUCUGUGACCACAAGUACCGCUACUGCCGCACAAACUUCUUCCUUCGCCGAACUCCAUUCCUCGAGAGAGAGACACGCCACUGGGAGCUGAGAAUUGAAGCUCAGACUGUCUAUCCUGAAAUGCCAAAGACCAUCGAGGAGCUGAAGAAGAUGUUCAACCGUGAGUUCCACGGACUCGUCGACGUUACUUGGGGAACCGAGCGCAGGAACACACUGUUCAUUCGCAUGCAGAGUGAGCCGACCCCCGAACAAAAAAUGUGGAUGGAGAACUUCGAGCGCAAAGAGAACAUGUUGACCGAAAUGGAAAAGCUUAGAAUUGCCUCGGACCGCAAUCUGCACAAGGUCAUGGUCAAGUACGAACUCAUUCCCGAGACUGAGCACUUCUUGCACAACCUGUUCAUGUUCCUCGAGACCUGGAACAUGUGGAACACCGAGUACAAGAUGGUCCCUCACGAGCACAAGAUGCUUCGCCUGCAGCUCGAGAUCGAACCACUGUACCGCCGCACAUUCGACCUACUUGUUGAGACUCCCGAGAAGCGCAUCGUGAUGAAGAAUCUGAUGCUUCCGUUUGUGCUGCCCACUCUGAACAUUCAUGACAUGCGCAUGCUUGAAAAUGUCGGCGUCAAGGAUGUCAUCCGCCAUGUCGUCAAGCACAACCGCCCUGAGUGCAUUGUCAAGAGUUGGGAAGUAAAGACCUUCGACAAACUUCGUCUCAAGACCCCUCUCAGCACCUGUUACACCAUCCUGGCUAAGGACUGCCACUCGGAAGAGCCGCGCUUUGUUGUCAUGAUGAAGAAGAUGGUGAAGGAUCGUGAAGAGAAGGCGCUCAAGAUUGUCACGCCUCGUGAUGUCUAUGUGCUGGAGAUGAUCAAUGACGAGCUGGUGAUCAAAGUGAACGGCAAGGUGAUCAACCACGAGGAGCUAAUGAAGUACAGAAUCGAGAAGAUGGAAGAGAAUCUCUACAAGAUCGACAUCGAGGACGUUGUUGUGCUGUUCGACGGAUACGAGUGCAACAUCAAACUCGCGCACAUGUACAAGAACAUGCAGUGCGGAAUUUGUGGACACUACGACGGAGAGAAGUGGAACGAUCUCCGCCGCGCCGACAAUGAGGAGACCGAGAUGGUUGAGGACUUCCACCGCAGCUACAUCGCUAAGGAUGAGAAGUGCGAUAUCGAUGAGGUCGAACUCAAGAAGGAGCAUAACCACCGUCUCGAGAAGGAUUUGAGAGAGCGCAACUAUCGCCUUAGGGAAGAGGACGAACUCUGGGACGAAUAUCGUGUAGACAGACGACGACAUGAAGAUAGGAAAGAGAUGAAAGAAAAGAAAGAGCGCUUCGAGGAGGAGAGGUACAUGACCAACUAUGAAGAGGAAGUCGAGCGCAAGCCCGUCCUUCGCACUCGUGUCAUCGAGCGUGAACGCCAUGUCUGCUUCUCUGUUGAGCCUGUUUACGAGUGCCCAAAGAACACGAUCGUGAUGCGAAACAAGGAGGAGAAGAAGGAAGUCGAAUUCGUUUGCCUCCGUGAGAACAGCAACACCAGACGUCUUCUCCGCCAAGCUCGCGAAGAAGUCAUCCCACGCGAUCUCCUCGAAGGAGAACGCUGGAUGACCACCAUUCGUGUGCCAACAAUGUGCACCGUAUAUUGA